UUUAAGUUCUGACACAGGCAGCUAACUAGGUAGCUCGGUUGUUGUUGCUUCAACAACAAUUGCUGAAUUAUAUAUUGUUUUCUGGUUGUGUGGAGGUUGACACAUCGGUGACUAGCUGUCUAGUGGUAACCAGAGUUGGGACCUGGCUGAAACGAAGUCAGGCAGCCUCAAACUAAAACUACACGGACGUUUAUUUGCUUGUUAAAUUUGCAGCCUCGCCCAUCAGCUAACGCUAAUUUUAGCCUUAUGAGACAGCCUUGGGUCUCCUAACUAUCUGUUAAGAGCAGUUUGGUAGCUCGACCUAGCACUGUUACCAGUUGACUUAAAGUAAUGCAGUAGAGGUAUGUUGCUGUCUAAUGUAUCUACGAGUUCUCAAAUUUGAUUUAAUUUUUAUUACGAGUUUAAUGAGGACAACAGAACAACAUCAAUGCUAGUAGCGUUAGUCGAGUUAGGUUAUCUCACUUCCGCUUUCGUCUUAACGGAUUUUAUUUUAUGUCUUUUCACAGCUAGCAAAAAAUAUAACAUGUCUCCCGUUUAUUGGAUGCACAUCAGAUUGUUAUAUGGAUGAAAACGUCUCCAUGUCAAGAAAUUUGUAAACCGCGACGUAGGUGAUAUAGUGGAGCUUCAGUCUGUACGAUGUAAACAAGUGUAACUGUUAGCAGCUAACUGGCUUCCCUGUGCUCAACUGAUGCUAACCCUAAAGUCUUGUGACUUGUUCUCCAUUAAGCCUCUGUCUGGUAAUGCCCGGUGCUGUGGAAACAGAAACACAACAGAUUAUUAACACCGGUUCUCUAAACAUCACUGCACUUUCUACAAAGGACUAAAGGGGUGUGCACUGUUGAACCAUCAUGAUGGCAGGUUCCCAGUGGGAGCUUCCUCCCGAGCUAUGUUGUCGGCCCAUGGCAUUUGUAGCUCUAACCGGUCUGGAUGUGGUGUACAAUGCUGUGCACCGAGCCAUCUGGGACGCCUUUUGUGCCAACCGUCGAGCUGACAGAGUCCCCAUCUCUUUCAAAGUGCUCCCUGGAGACCAUGAGUACCCGAAGUGUCGCACUAAGCGAACAUCCUAUGAGUGGUACAUCCCCAAAGGCAUUCUGAAAACAGGCUGGAUGAAUAAACAUCUGAAUCUGGUACCUGCUCUGGUGGUUCUCUUUUAUGAACUGGACUGGGACGACCCACAGUGGAAGGAGAAACAGUCUGAAUGUGCCACUAAAGUGGAGAUUGUCAGGACCAGUCUUCAAGGCAGGAACACCAAGGUGGCUGUGGUUCUAAUCCAGAAGAAAACUCCUCUGCCUCCAGGAGAGGACCUGGUUGCCUCAGAGAGAGCAGCAGCUCUUUGUAAUGCCUGUGAUCUGUCUGGCAAGAGUCUGUUCGUACUGCCGCACACCGACCACCUGGUGGGCUAUAUUAUAAGGUUGGAGAAUGCCUUCUAUGAACAUGCUCAGACAUACUACUACACUGAGAUCCGUCGUGUCAAAUCGCACAAGGAGUUCCUCAACAAGACAACACAUCAGUUGCUGUUUGUCAGACACCAGUUUAAAAUCGCUUUCUUCAGUGAGCUGAAACAGGACACACAGAAUGCUCUCAAGUAUUACAGAACUGCAUACAGUCUUGUCCAUGAGCUUAGAGCCCACGAGACCAACAUGCUGGAGAUCAAAACUAUGGCUGGAUUCAUCAACUAUAAGAUCUGUCGUCUGUGUUUCCAGCAUAACACUCCUCUGGAUGCUAUAGCUCAGUUCAGGAAGCACAUUGACCUGUGUAAAAAGAAGAUAGGCAGUGCUGAGCUGGCCUUCGAGCAUGCUGCAUGGAUGUCUAAACAGUUUCAGUCGUUUGGUGAGCUGUUUGAUGAAGCCAUAAAACUGGGUCUGACAGCCAUCCAGACCCAGAACCCUGGUUUCUACUACCAGCAGGCUGCCUGUUACAGCCAGGAGAGGAAGCAGCUGGCUCAGCAGCUUUGCCAGGCUGGAACGAGUUGUCCCUCCCCUGACCCACUGGACAUCCAGAGUGGGGGACUGGACUUCUAUGGGCAGAGACCGUGGAGACAAGGACAUCAGAGUAUUGAUCCUCCAGAUGCAGAGAAGGAGAAGACCGGGAUUCUGGCCCUGCAGAUUAAAGAGAGAGAUGUCCCUCAUUCUGAGCUGAUAAUAGCACUGCUCAGUAAUGCUGUUGCCCAGUUUAAGAAGUACAAGUGUCCCAGGAUGAAGAGUCACCUCAUGGUGCAGAUGGGAGAGGAGUAUUACCACGCUAAAGACUACACCAAAGCCCUCAAGCUUUUGGACUAUGUGAUGUGUGACUAUCGUACAGAGCGAUGGUGGGGACUCCUGACAGCCAUAUUGACCACAGCUCUGCGCUGUGCUUAUCUGAUGGCCAGUGUUAAAGAUUACAUCAUAUAUUGCAUGGAGCUCCUGGGCAGAGCUUCAACACUGAAGGAGGAGCAGAAGGGGAGGAUUGAGAAGAAUCUCAUCAAAGUCCUGAUGAACGAGGUUCCUGACCCUGAGCCAGACUGUGAUCCAUCUUCUGUCAUUGCAGCGAGGUCGCUGUGGAACGACCGCAUGUCUUUAGCCGGAUCAAAUGAGUUCACCAUAGAAGUGCAGGACUACAUACCGUUUAUCCAGUGCAAGGCCAAGUUCUGCUCUCCCAGUUUCCACGUAGACCAGCCCAUCCAGCUGCAGGUCUUCCUCCGAGCAGACUGUCCUCACCCUCUGUCACUCAGCAAGCUGGCCGUCAGUCUCAGUAACCAGGAGUACAACCAGUGGUGUGUGGUGGAGUCGUCAGCUCAGGAGAGCAUGAACUUGUUGCCAGGGACAACCAAAUGCUACAACUUCAGCUUCGUAGCAAAGUCUGAAGAUGUUGGCAAGAAGAUUGAGAUGACAGGUAUUGAGGUGAUGCUGGGCAGGGACAAUGGCCGCUGUGUGUUUCUGAGCUGGAGAGGGGCUGGAGGAGAUGCAGCCUCUGCCCAUGAAGCCUUGCAGGCCAGCAGGUCAUCACGCCGAUGGGGACGAGGCGUGGAGAUGCGGCCAGAGCUCGACUGGGACAGCCUGAGCAUCCAGCACAGCACAAUGAUCAUCUCUAGAGUCCCAAAGAUCUUAGUUCAGCUGAGCCACCAGCCUCCUGCUCUCAACAAUGAGAUGUACUGCAUCAACCUCACCGUCCAAUCACAGGAGGAGGGUGUGGCCAAAGAUGUCAAACUGACAGCUGGCCUCAAACCAGGCCAGGAUGCCAAUCUAGGCCAGACCACACAUGUGACACUGGAUGGCUCAAAGGUGUGUGAUGACGCUGCACCUGCUCUGCUGCCUGAUGUACCACUGGGAGACCUGAAACCAGGCCAGAAGUUGGAGAGAUGUGUGUAUGUGAGGUGUGUGUCAACUGGACUAAGGGUGUUCCUGUUCCACGUGGCCUACAGCAUCGAUACCACAGUGGAAGGACAACAAAUUGUCUGCAGAUGUCAUAAGGAUGAGACUGUUACCAUAGAGACAGUGGUCCCAUUUGAGGUGUCUGUCAAGUUUGUAUCCACCAAGUUUGAGCCACUGGACCGGGUAGCAGUGGACAUUCCUUUCCUGUUGAUGACAGACAUCUUUUCCUCAUCUCCCUGGCCUCUUGUGUUGGCCUCGUCCUCUCUGCAGCUCCUCACUAUGACCAGCAACACACCACAGCUGCAGUCACAGCUGCAGGAAGUGGUUUUGCAGACAGGUGAAUGUGCCAGUGAAUGUUUCUGUCUCCGAUGUCCACCAUUGACCAACAGCAAUAACACGGUGGCUACAGGACAGUACUUGAUAUCAUGGAGGAGGAAGCCCUCCAGUGCAGACAGUCCUCUCAUCCAGACCACAGUCACUCUACCUCAUGUCAUCCUGGAGUCUGUUCCUCUCUACAUCCAUGCUGAUUUACCAUCAUUUGGUCGAGUCAGAGAGUCUCUUCCAGUCCGUUACCACAUCGAGAACAGGACAGCUCUAGUGCAGGAGGUGGAGAUGGCUGUUGAACCCUCUGAUGCCUUCAUGUUCUCUGGACUCAAACAGGUGCGUCUCCGUAUCCUCCCUGGCUCAGAGCAGCAGAUCCUGUUUAACUACUACCCUCUGAUGGCUGGUUACCAAACACUGCCACAGCUCAACAUCUGCCUGCCCCGCUGCCCCACCUCCAACACACACACACUGAGGCGCUUCUUGCCUCAACGCAUCUUCGUCAAGCCUCAGGGUCGACAGCUGGACGACGCCUCCAUCGCUGCAGCUUGAAGAACACAGACUGUAAAAAUGAAAACAAAGCAGCGCUGUCAAAAUAAAUGUGUUAGGAGAGACCACAGAAGAGGACAUUCUGCCUGAAGACCCUGGUCUUCCAGAACCACAAGAGCAUGUGGACUUCAAGGAAAAGUUGUUUCCACAUCAGGGAAGACUGCCCAGGUUUCAGCAUCAACUCACCUGCUAAUCACACGGAGAGACUCCAACUUGUGAUCAGCCUCCAACCAUCUUUUCAGCCUUAGUCUUUUUAUUACUGUUCUAAUGAUUGUUUACUUUUUGUGUUGCGUUUCAUGAGUCACACUUGACUGAAAACCAACUGUUGUUGGCUGUGUGUUACUCACAGUUAAGCGAUGAUGCAUUCACUUGAGGAAAAAAAUAUUCUGCUCUGUUUUUCUGAAUUAACAAGAUAAUUAUCUCAAAAUUCUGAGAUAAGGAUAUCAUUAAUUCAGAAAAACAGCAGAAUUUUUUGGAGAAAACGUUUUAAAAAAUGUUUUCUUUAAAAAAAAUUUAGAAAUAAAAUUCCUGCUCUUUUUUCUGAAUUAUCUCAGAAUUCUGAGAAAAUGAUCUUGUUAAUUCAGAGAAACAGAGCAAUUUUUGUCCCCCAAGUGAAUGCAUUACACUUCCAUAGAUAUUCCCAGUAUCAAUUACAAAUCCAGGAUGGAGCAGCUGUGCAUUGGUCUGUUUUUUUAUAUUUAAACUACCACAAAACCACUGCUUGUUUUUCACCAGAUGGACCUCUGAGAUAUAGGUAUUGUCUAGAAAGACAAACACAUGUAUAAGGUCUUAGAUGAAGAUAAAUGUUUUCUUAAUGUGAACAAUUUAUUUGGUGAGGCGAGUGAGCAGGUCAUUAAUCUGUAAGAAAUAAGAUCAUGAAAAAACAGUAGCUAUCAAUCAUCAUCAUUCAUUAUAUUGAUUGGAUGCAAUGUGUAAUCAUUAAACGGUGAGUGGUGGAAGAAGUAUUCAGAUCCAACAACAAAAAUACAUUACAAUAUUGUCCAAUACUUCAUUACAAGAAUAAAAAAAUCCUACUUAAGUAAAAGUACAUGAGUAUUAGCAGCAAAAUGUAGUUAAAGCAUCAGUGUGUCAGCAGCAUGUUAUUGUUGUAGCUGCUGGAAGUGGAGCUGGUUUUACAGGCAGACAGACAAAUCUCAGAUUUAUAAGAGAGGAAAGAAGAAACAAAGUUCUGAUCCACAAAUCUGUUUUCAGUUUUCAGACUUUUUCUCUACUCUUUGAUUAUUGUUGUGAAAUGGGAUCAUUGGAACAUUUAUUGAAAUUAAACCAUGAGAGAAGUUUAGAGGGAUAAAUCACAGUUUGGUGGAGUCAACUCAUACAUCAUCUGAAGUGUGACCUGACUACACACUGAUUUUUGUAUGAAAUCGAAAAGGUUGGAAAUAUCUGUAACUGUUGUGUUAUAAAAGCUUGUUAUAUAAUU